AGUCGAAGACAGACAAUUAAAUAUACUGGAAGUGUUUGGCAUUUUACGCUCCCUGUCUAGAACGGCUCUCAGUAAUUGAGCAAAGUGCGUGUAGGUUUUUUGCUAAGCAGAACAUCAGCUAAACAAAUUGCGCCAAAUAAAAGAUAACCAUACCUGAGGCGAUAGUCAGUUGUGAUACUAGCACGCGUGUGAUUUUUGUAUAGGGGCGCGGAAGUGAAAUAAAUAAAAUAGAAGUAAAACAUAAUGCAACGAAUUUUGACGCAUUACUCAUACGCAAUGUCAUACUGCGUGCCGUGCGAAGCGUGAGAACGCUCGAUUCGUUUGCUUGCUAUGUCCAUCCAAUAAAGACGCCACAAGACAUUUAUCAGCCUUUGGCGCCACAAGAUUUUAAGACAAAUCGCGAGGGGUGUGGAGUUAACAGUGAUACUGUAGUGAGUCGAGACAGAGGCGGCAAUGCUGGCGGCGUCAACGACCGCAACAUUACAAGCAAAGUCAAUUUCCAUCAGAAGUGGCUACAACAAUUCACAAAGAGCAUAAUAAAAGCGAUUGUUGUACCAUAUAUUUCGAAAAGUUUCCACGGGAUAGCAUCAACAGAAUCUAAGCAGCUAACACUACGUUUGGAAGUGGCAAACAGCAACGGCGGUAAAAAGAGGGAGGUGCAAAAAUUUGCAAAGGCCAUAGGGAACGUAACGCUUGACAGCUCAGCAUCGGCGAAAAUAGCUUUCCACUACCGCAACACUGUCGACUUCUUAAAGUCACAUUGUCAGCGUAGUCUCGUCAAUCACAAAGGAAACACAAAACCAACAACAACACAAACUAUACAUCUAUUUACUACUGAAUCAGGCGGGAAACUAAACGCUCUUCCCACAGUUGUCAGCUGUCACCGUUAGCAAACAGAGCAGUCAUAAGCGUUAGCUCACCCGUCUGCUAACGCCUCUAAUCUAUAAAUUCACUUGGCUGCAUUGGCUUAGCUACGCUUCUCCGUUUCGUUUCGUGGACAAAAUACUGCACAAAAAAUGCCUGUGGGUGGGCGCACAGCCGGCAAAUACGGAUAUUCCGACAACAGUUACUACAGUGGCCAUUCCUACAAAAGCAUCAACGAUGAAAUUAUUUGGGUGAGCAUCGGCAUGGGCGUCACUAUAAUUGUUCUAAUCACCAUAGCGCUGUGCUACAUCGCUUACGAGAAAUGCCACAAGAAACGUGAAUACUACAUUAAUGCAUAACGCAGUACCUUGGAGACGGUGAAUUUUAAUAGCAACUGGCAGCCAAUUAUGGAAGCGAACGGCAUGCAGGGUCAUGUGACACGCAGCACAUGCAACGAAAGCCAAUUUGCAAAAAAGAUAGCCGAAAUGUAUUCAGAACGCAAAAGUGUACGCGAUAUGAAGGUGCCGCCAUAACUGAAGAAGACAAAAGUAUACCGAGCAGCGUGAGGGAGUGCAUAGCAAACCGCAAAGUUAACAGCGCAUUGGCAUAAAUAAAAGUGCCGCCUCCCACCAACCAUCGACCGCAAACCGCUUGCUCCGUUUACUGCAACUGCACUUCGCACUUCCUCUUACACACACAAAUGCAAUGUACACACAUAUGCACACAUGCUGUUGUAAUAAUAUGCGGUAGAUCUAGUUUGUAUGAUUCGCAUUUCGAAAUAUCUGAGCCAAAAAGCGCCAAAUCCCCCACAAAAUUACAUUUUUCAGACGCGCAGAAAACAUUUGCACUUGCAACCAGAAGCGCUUAAUGGCAAUUGCUUAGCCAUUUUCUUUGCUUGGCUACUCGUAUUUUGGUCAUCAUGAAUGUGUUUAUAUGGUAUAUUUAGGUUUCCCUCGCUUGUACAGGAACAGCAAGUCAAAUCCCGUUAAGUUGGGUCAAAGCGUCGAAAUGGAGGACAAUGGUGCAGUCAACCAUAUAAACAUAUUUACAUUGCGCUCUGUACGUAUGAGCCGUUUGCAAUGGCAAUUUAGAGAGGUGAGCUUAUAAGGAAAAAUAAUACUCCCACAUUUAAAAAGCUUUAAAUAAAAUAAGGUAAGGCCUUUGAAAAUUCGAUUGAAUUGAAAUAACUUAAAAAUAAAUUAAAAUAAAAAACGAUGAUAUUUAAAAGACCUGAAUAUAUUACUUUAGAGCUGAAAUAUUAGUAAACGAAUUUUAAUAGAAAAUGUAUAAAUCUACUUAUAAAUAUUAUAUAUAUACACAUAUAUAAAUGGCAUCCUGUUUUAAACAAAUUAAAACUAUUUACUGUAUAUAAAUGUCAAUGAAGAUCCUGAAUACAGGAUUAGAUACCUAGUAAUGUACCAAAUUCAAUGUUAAAUUUACAUUUCCAAGAACUAUAACUAAAUAGGUUGAUCUCAACCAACUAUACGACUUUUUAGGCUAUGUGUGUGUAUUUUUCUUACGUAUAGUUAUUUUAUUAAAAAUCUUUUAAAAAGUUAUAAAAAUAUGGAGAAUAUACUAUACAAGAAUAAUUACUAAAAAAAAUUUAAUUAUAAAUAAAUAAUAUUUUGAUAGGAUUUUUCCUAACACACCUGCAUAGUAUUACUAAGAAGAUUGUGUUUAUCUUCAACUUCAAACUUCAUUUAACUAUAAAAUUACUUAGAAAUACGUGGUGUCCCACCAAUAACUGAAUAUUUUGGUUAUAAAUGCACUAUAUAUUAUUCUUGAAAUUUAUUAUUUAUUCAAAAUAAGUUCCAUUAUACUCAAUACAACGUUUAAAACGAUUAACCAUCAUAUGUAUAGAUUUUUUGUCAUUUAUAGGAAUGUUCUUCAGCACCUCAGUUAUGGCUGCUUGAAUCGCUCGGAUCAUCAUAAAUAAUACAUAAAAUACAUAAGUUUUAGAAAUAGAAAAUAGUCACAUGGUGAUAGAUCGGGCGAAAACGGAGGCUGCUUGCUGAAAGAAAUCGGUUUUUUCAACAAAAACUUUAUCAGUCUUUUGGUAUUUCAUUCAUUUAUGUGAAACAAAACGCGCAAAGGCCAUUCUUUAAGCUCUUUCUUAGCCAACAUUCUCGUUGUAAAAAUUGCAUUGAUUCCAAUAAUUCAGCACGAUUACUAGCUUCUGGACGACAUGGCCUUUGGUCGUCGUUUAAAGCAUCACGAACAUUUUUAAAUCGUGUAAACCACGUAUAAACUUGACUACGACUCAUACAAUCAUCGCUUUAAACUUUUUUCAACAAUUCAUUUGUCUCAGCGAAUUUUUUUUCAACUUUAACACAAAAUUUUAUAUUUGCUGUUUGUAAAAAUGGAGAGCAUUGUACACUUUUCCUUUUUUAAUUAAAAUAGCUGUAACUUUAACAUCCGUUUUACAUGAAGUUAGGUGCAUUUGAAAGAGAAUGAAUGUAUCCAUUUAAUGCUGCAAAUUUUCAAUAGAUAAAGCUGCAUGUUGUAUGAUUAAAAUAUAUAGUUUGGUUAUUUUUGGGACACAUAUCAAGUAGAGGUCAGAUAAAAAGUAUUAAAUAACUAGAAGCGUCCGAAAGCAUCUUAUUAUAUUGUUUAAAAAAAAAACACAGAGUUUAAAAAAAAUAAGAAAUAAAAUAAACGAUGUAUAAUAUUAUAUAUGAUAUGUACUUCGCCAGCCCAACACCUGAACUUAAGUAAAAGCAAUCUCAUGCAAGAUUUAUAAUUUAUUUUUUCUGACUCAUACAAGUAAAUUAUAUACACGUAAUUAAAAGUUACAAGUUUCAUUAUAUUUCAGUUUAACUUUGGUGUUCUUUUGAGAAUUUCAGUCCAGUCUAUUGCAUUUCUUGGUGUUGUAACUUUAGACCUAUCGUUUGUAGUGAACUAAAAACAUUUGGCUUUUAAAGUGCCACCCUCGUAUUGCAAUUAGUAUUUUGUAAAUUGUGUCAGCCAGUUCCAAUGAAAAGUGGCUGAUAUGAUAAGCUUUACUAAAGUAAUAAUAUACCACACGGUGCAGAAGCCAAAAUCGUUAAAACGAAAAAAUAACACAUAUUCAAAGUGAUAUUACGACUUAUAUCUUAUAUGUAUUCAAAAUUUUUAACUGUACUGUACUGUAGAUAACCUUGAACUCUGAGCGCUGUUAAAACCGACUUAUAACAUUUUGAUGUUUUCCCUGUAAAGGUUCAUCCUUAGCACAACUACUUUAAACUUAUUAUAAACAUAAUUGGGCGUGGAUAUACGAGCAUUAGCAUUUACUAGCUGUACAAUGUGUGUACGAGUAGCUGAAGUAAUCACCUAGUGUUUCAUAUCACAUACUAUAGAUCUAGUAAUAGUACCAUAUUAACUGCAGUUCUACCAGUAUUCACUUAGUAGUAGAUACACAGACUAUAAACUUACUUGCUUGCAUGAACACAUUUGACGCCAGAUGAGUUAAAACAAAAAACACUUAGCAGCACACACUAUAGAGGAUCAAGCAAGCGAGGUUAGAGGAAGAAAUUUUAGAAGUGGAAAAAGUAAAUUUUGUACAUACAUACAUAAAUAGACCUAGUAUAUAUAUGUAUAUAUGUACAUUUACCUAAACGCAUAUAAAAUGUUAUAAUAACUCUCACGCAUCGUUGUAGAGUAGAACCGUUUUGUGUUUAUUCUUUUUUUUUUGCAACGCGGUCAGGCAUCGCUCUAAGGAUAUUGUAACAUGAAACCAAGCAAAAGAAAGAACGGAACUCAAUAGAGAAAAUGUCGUUGAAAGGCAAACGGAAAAACGUUGCUUCUAAUGUAAUCAGCUUUAAUAUGUAUUCGUGUGAUGUAUGUUGGUAUUAGUGUUGUCAAGUACGUAAUGAGCUGCGGAAAUUAGUAUCGACAUCAUUAGAAGCUAAUGCUAAGCUCACUUUGCUCAAAACAGCCAGUCAUAUGUUACAUAAAUGCUUUUUGGUUUAACAUUUACUAUAGAAUUUUUUUUUGUCAAGUACAACCGUUAUUUUUGACAUGAAAGUAUAGAUUUUCAACUUUUUAUCUCGUUAAAGUUGAACAUUGUUUUGUUCUCUGUCACGCUACUGAUAUAAUAAUAUACAUGGAAUAUGAGAUGAGAGAAUGUGAGAAUAUGAUAACAUAAAUGGAAUAUAGGAGAUAUUAAGUCGAGCGCUUGAUUCUUCAUGUGUUUUCCUCCAAAUUUCUGGUAAAGUUACUUAUUUUUAAAGAGUGUGAAUGUCUUUUACACUUCUUUACGAAUUAAGUAUGUGAACAAAUACUUACCGUGGCCCCGAAUUGAGGAAACUUUGUAUCUUGGAUAAUGUUCAUACAUUCGAAAUUUUUCUCAUUCGCAUACAAAAACAAGAUACAAUGUUAAAUGCUGCACCGAAGCUGUAAUAUGGCAGCUAUGUGCUAUGAUGGUCCGAUCUGAACAAUACGUUCGAAAAUUGUAGCAUUGCCUUGGACAAUAAGCUAUGUCAAAUUUUGUGAAGAUACUCUGACAAAAAAAAAGAUACUUUUCCAUACAAAGACUAGAGUUUGUUCGAUCAGUUUGUACGGCAGCUGUAGUUGUUAGCUGUUCGAUCGGAACAAUUUGUUCGGUAGCAGCAGAUUGUAGCAGCAAUGUAUAUGCUAUAGUUAUCCGAUAUCGGUGACUUCGACAAGUGUGCAGCUUAAUGGGAAGAAAAGGAAGUGUCGAAAUUUCCGACCGAUAUCCCAAAACGUGAUGGACUAGUUCACAUAUAUACAGAUAGUCAGAGAGGCAUAACUAAGUCGGUUCAGUUCGACACACAGAUCGUUUAUAUACAUACAUACAUACUCGUAUGUAUAUAGGUACUUUAUAAGGUCUCCGACUUUUCUUUCUGGGUUUAUCAAACUUCGAUGUGCAACUACAAAGCUCCAUUUGGAUACAUACAUCCGUGCAAACUCUCAUAUUCUAUUUAUAGCCAAAGUACAAUAUUUUGCGACAAAGUCAAGCGUUAAAACACAUAUGUACAAGUUUACUCUGGUCAAUCACGUCAAGCAUACUGAUAUGUCCCGAUGAUUGCACACACAGAAAAACAAACAGUUGACCUGAUGUGACUGCUCAUCAGUAUUUUACACCCCCAUACAUGGGUUCGGACAUGUGUACACAGAUUUACACUCAAAUAUGGAAGCAGUGGGAGAAUGCAUCAGAAAAGCAUAAAAACAAAAUAGUGAAAAUUGCAAUAUUUUAUGAGCUUCGAAAAAGUGUCGCAAGCAAAAGUUCGACGUAUAGCUAUUACAUGGCCGCGAAGAAUUCCUAGAAAAAUUUAUUCUGAGUAUUCAAAAGGCUUGAGUGCAAAUUUAUAUGGUAUUUCAAAAUUUCUUUUGCAUAUACAUAUGGUAUAUCGAAUGUACAUAUGUUAAUUAUUUGGAACUUAGAGUGAGCUUUUCGAGCUUUGGCGACAGCGAAUGCAGCGAUAAUUGUUUGGAAAUCCAACUUAUUAAAUAAUUCUGCUUCUGGACACGAUUUUGCAUUCAUUAUAAAUUGCUUUCCACGGUUCGCGCACAAAUUGCAAAUCCACAAAAAGACUUUCUAUAUUGCUAUCAUUGAUUGACUGAAGGCCAUCAAAACGCACUCAAAUUUACUCAUAUAUAAUAUUUCAAAAUCAACGUCUAGACGAGUUUCUGCCGUAGGGUUGAGUUUUUUAACGUCUUUCAAAGGGUUUAUCAACCCGGGAAGACAGUGAAGUGGAUUGGGUAUUUUGGAUUUCAGAAUUUCCCAACGUAUUUCUACGUUGGAUGUGAUCUUGCCCUCCUUUAGCAACAGCUUUGCCGGAUUUUUCGUGACAAUCUAUAAAAGCAAGAAAAGGUUCAGUUAUCGGUAAACACAAUGUUUAAAUAAAUGCUCGAUUCUCGAAUCACCUAUCAUAAGCAUUCUCAUUUUAAACUAUUCACUCAAUUUCUGGAAAUCACGACACCCUUCCCCUCCCUUAAUUUCCUGUGGUAGGGCGCUCUUUGAGAAUAGCAAAUAACUAUAAGUAUUAUAAUGAAUUAUAUUAAUUAAACGUAUGUGUAUAAUAUUAUAGCCACCAACACACACAAACAUACUCGAUGUAAG